UUUCCAUGAGCCCGUCCCUCCCUCGCCCAGACUGGGAGCGCGCUAGCCGCGGAGCUAAGGUACUGGGUCGGGAUUUGCCAGAUUUAUCUGGUUUUUUAAUGUCGAUUCUUGAGAGGAAUUAGAAUAAUCAACAUACCGAAGUACCACAGUGUAGGUUUGCUGCACAUGAAGGGUACUUCGCCCGAGUAAACAGGACCCGUUUGUUGUAGUUUAGCUCCGUAAUGUGGCCAGCGGCUAAUCCCGGCGCUCCCACUCAGACCAGUCCAACCAGUCCAACCAGCGCGCCUGUUGGAUUAGAAGGCAGAUUUUGGAAGCUCUCGCCGAGUAUGACUGAGUACAAGCUGGUGGUGGUGGGAGCGGGAGGCGUCGGGAAAAGCGCCCUGACCAUCCAACUCAUCCAGAACCACUUCGUGGACGAAUACGAUCCUACGAUCGAGGACUCUUACAGGAAGCAGGUGGUGAUUGACGGGGAGACGUGUCUCCUAGACAUCCUGGACACGGCCGGACAGGAGGAGUACAGCGCCAUGAGGGACCAGUACAUGAGGACAGGCGAGGGCUUCUUGUGUGUCUUCGCCAUCAACAACAUUAAGUCCUUUGAGGACGUGCACCUGUACAGGGAGCAGAUUAACCGGGUGAAGGACAGCGACAGCGUUCCAAUGGUGCUGGUGGGUAAUAAGAGCGAUCUGAGCUCACGCACAGUGGACACGCGUCAGGCGCAGGAACUGGCGCGCGGCUACGGCAUCCCCUUUGUCGAGACAUCGGCCAAAACACGACAGGGGGUUGAAGAGGCUUUUUACUCACUGGUCCGGGAAAUCAGGAGAUACAAGGAGACGAAUCGUAGCAACAAGAAGAGCAAGAAACACACACAGAGACGCUGCAGGCUAUUUAUAGCAACACUGCCAGCACUCUUACACUGCGGUUCCUGAACAGCACUGCCCCCCACACACCCUCUUUGUUACAGUGGUUGUCGUGAGCAUAGCCGCUCGUGUGGAGACCAUUACCUUUAGCGGCUGCCUUGACCAGGAUGGUGGGGUUUGCCUGGAUCAGUUGUCUCCCUGUACCCACAAGCCCCCUGUAACGUAGUAGGAAGCAAUCCUGUUCCCAUGUGAGCUGGCGACCUCAGACGACAUUCCCAGCUCUAGCCAGUAAGGACCUCGUCCUCUUCUGUGUGGAUGUUCCGAGUGCUGGGAAUGUCGAGCCAAGCCAAUUACGCUCAUCUGUAGUGGUGCUGUUGCAUCAUGGGUUGUGUGUAGGAGCUGAGGGAAGCCCCGCCCCACCCCCAAGCGAGGGAAGUUUAAGGUGUUUUUUUUAAGCAGCUGAAGCUACAGUCUGACCAGGUCUCCGACACAUUCCUGUUGUAGUGACGAGAGCUUUAGGAGUUUUACCGUUUUUGUGAAUAAAAGAAUUUUGGCUAAAA